AAAUUCCACUGGGUGGCGCAGCGAGCACUUGAAGAAAUCUCCUUUUGGCACGGUGUGGCUUCUUCGUCUCUGCAAAAUACAAUAUUAUUAAUCAUUCACAAGUUGCCUUUCCUCAAUUUUGCUGGCCCACCAUGAACACAGAUCAGAGCAACAGACGACGUCCUGUCUUGACUUCAUACUCUACCCGCACAAUAAGUCACCCAACCUUCAUACCGCUUUACCAAGAGUCUCUGCAGAGGUGGACGCCUGCCCGACCUACAGUGCCAGUGAUGACCCCUUUGGAUUUCUACUACACUGACCCAAAUCUGCCGCCUGGCCAUCGGGUGCCCAAUAUUGUCACUAAGUUUGAGGCCUUUGAGAACUUCCAGCUCAACACUCCGCCUCCCAUCAUGUCCUCUCGGCUGGCUCCGCCUGUGCAGCCAGACCCUUUCCUGAGUGGCACCCACCCCGUCCGCAGCCUGGGCGCCCGCUCGUGGACCGUUGACCGCUGCGACCGACCCCACCCUUACUUCUGCCGACUCCAAACCGCGGGAGCGCUAGAGGUCAUCGAGAUGUCUCAGGCCGAGGAUGACGCCAUCACGUCACUGCUGCUGCUCCACCAUGGCAACGAUGCUGGUGCUGCUAAGACACAGCGAGGCAAAGGUGGGAGUUCGCCAUCUCCAUCUCCAUCUCCAGGUCAAAGGCCCACGGCUUCUCCGAGUCCGCAGUCUCUUGUCCAGGGCCCUUCAGGACACGUCCUCAGUCAGAACCAUGGAUCAAAGCUGGAGGGCACCCUCGACGCUUCUCCAUCAAAGGCCAUCACCAGUACCACUGUCACUGUAUCUUGCGUGGAGAAAAACUGCUUAACUUCACCAACAGCCUCCUCUCCUCCUCCACCACCAGCAACAGCACAGGGGCCCUUGGGGUACCAUCUUGAGGCUGAGACACCUGCUGAACUGCCUGGUGGGUCACCUGAAGCCUUGGCUGAGAUGGACACCCAGCAGCAGGCAGACAUUUUGGGCACUCUAGUCUGCAGCGGCGUGAUGCUACCACCAGGCCCAAGUGACCCUGAUAUGAACAGCGGCGUGAUGCUACCACCAGGCCCAAGUGACCCUGAUGAUAUGAAUGUGGAGCGGGGUAACGGGGUGCUAGCUGAAGACACAGUGCCAGAACAUCCAGAUCUUACUGUGGUGGGGGGUGAUGCCUAUGUCACGCCCAGAGCAGAGAUACCUGACAGGGUGUAAUAAAUCUCUGUAAUACUGUAUCAGAAAAGCUGAGGAGUCAUUUCGUUGAUGGUCGUUGCGUUUUUGUUGAUGUAACCACAAGUAGAUUUGUGGGAUGUGGUGAUGAAUGAUAAUACUAUUUUUCUGAAGUGGUUCAAAAGGGCUUUCAAGUGUCUUGUGUUCUCAGUAACCUACAUGGUCUUCUAUUUUACGAUUAUUCUAAGACCUGUCGUUAUUCAUGAGAAGCUUUGAUUUUAAUAUGAUGGCAUUUUUUUUACAGGUUGGAUAUUUAUACUUUCUUGAAAUAUUUGUUGACAUUUUCAUUAAAAUAUAAAAGGAAUGACUUGUUUUUUA